AUGAAUAAUGUACAAAAAACAUUAGAUGAACUUUGGGUUAAACAUAAAACUCCAUUAAAUUGCAUCACGUCGACUACUGAAAAUGGAGUUCAAGCAUCAUCAUCAGUUUUGUCUCAACCAUCAUUAUCGAUCUUUGAACUCAUGGAAGUAUUAGAUCAAAAUAAAUAUCAAGUUGAAGGUGGUGUAGAUCGUGAAGUCAAUGGUACUGUUAUAGCUGUACAUGACUUUGAACGUAAUGUUGAACAUGAAUGUGAAGUUAAUGAUGUUGAAGGUGGUGCUGAACAUGAAUGUGAAGUUAAUGAUGUUGAAGGUGGUGCUGAACAUGAAUGUGAAGUUAAUGAUGUUGAAGGUGGUGCUGAACAUAAUAUUGAAGGGGAUGCUGAACGUGAUGUUGAAUGUGAAGUUAACAGUAUUACAGCUGCACAUGAAUUUGAAUUUGAUGUUGAAAUUGAGAUUAAAAAUGGAUCGAUGUUUUGUUGUUUAUGUGAAAAAUAUGGAAAGUUGAAAAAUUCAAAUGGAAAGGACAACGUUUGGUCUACAACUGGUAUGGCGACACUUUCAUUUGAUAAAAUUAAACUUCAUAAAGAAAAGUCUGAAGUACAUAAGCAAGCUGAGUCACAAGAACUCACUGUAUCAUCUCGUUCUCAACCUAAUUGGCCUUCAACUAAACAAAAACAACUUAGCAAGCAAGAAAUGGCAAUACAGAGUCUCAUGCUAUCAUGUAUAUUUUUAUGUCAACAAGACAAUUCUUUAAAUUCUAUUGAACCAUUAUGUGCACUACUGGAAGCAUUAAAUAUUCAAUUAUUACCUGCUGAAACAACUGGUGUUAAUUAUCGAAAUGAUACAGCAGCUUUAUCUUUUCUUCAACAUAUUGCUGAUUAUGUACAUAGUGAAUUAGUUGAUAAAAUCAAAAAAAGAUGGAUGAUGGACGAAUCCACAUCCAGAAGUACUGAAAAAUCUUGUAUUAUAUAUGUUAGAUUUGUUGAAAAUUUUGAAGCAAAAACUUCAUUUUAUGGGUUGGUAGAUCUUGAGGGUGAUGGGACUGCCAAUAAUAUUGUAAAAGCACUUACUAAUAUGUGGAAAAAUGAUGGUCUUGAUGCGACAAAUUCAUGUUGGUUAGCAACCGAUAACGCUUCCACCUUUACUGGUAUUCAUGAAGGAGUUAUUGCAAAACUUCGGCGUUAUUUAUGUAUUGAUUGGCUUGAAAUUAAUGGUUGUGUUGCACAUUCGUUUGCUUUAGUUGGUAAACAAGCGUCGUAUGAACCAAAAACUGCUAAUAAUAAAAAACCUGUGGUUUGUGAUUCUGUUGUUAAACUUGAGUCAACAAUUAGUCAAAUAUAUAAUUAUUUUGCAAAAAGUACUGGUCAUCAAUUCAAGCUCAAAUCCUGGCAGGCAUUCUUGGAAAUGCCUGAAUUGAAAUUCAAGAGAAUAUUCGAUAUUAGAUGGUUAUCUAUACGUGGUUGUAUAAAACCAAUCAUCGACAAUGUUCAACCAGGUUCACAAGCACUCUUAGGAUGCUUACAACAUAUUUUAUCUGAUACUGGUUCAUCUAAAUUAGAACGUGCAAAUUCUAAACAUUUGUUGGAAUCAAUACUGGAUGAUGAAUUUUUAUUCUUACUGCAUAUGCAUUACGAUUUACAUGAAACAAUACUUGCAGAGAAACGAAAAAUUUUACAACAUUGGUCGUUCAAAUCAACAUCAGCCAUUGGUCCAGCAUUGACUGAUUAUAUGGAAUCAACUAAGUUAGGAACUUUUGGCGCAUUUAAGCUUACACUGGGUGAUCGUAAUAAGUUCAUAAAUGAGUCUUGUAAAUAUAUUGAACGACUAAUCCAUGAAUUAGAUAGGAGAUUUAAACCAUCAGUCGUCCAAGAAAGUUUAUCAACAUUGUUUGAUCCACAACAUCUAUUAAAAAAUAGUAAAAAACUUGAUUCUGUUGAAUAUGGUCGAUCUCAAUUGGUUUGUCUUCGUCAAAAAUAUAAGAACUUUCCAGGAUUUGAUUGUAAUGCAGUACGAAAUGAAUGGGAAUCAUUUAAACAACCAUUACUUAAUUUUAUACAAACUUUUUCUUCGGAUUGUUCAGAAAAAUUGUUUUGGAAAAAAUUUAUAACAUUAAAACAAUCAACAAAUAGUCUUUUUCUUGAGGAGUACAAAAGUAUUUUAAUUUUACUCAGUAUUUAUUUAAUUUCGCCGACAAAUUCGGCAGAGUGUGAGCGGGGGUUCUCAGCAGUUAAUCGAAUACAAACACCAGGACGAUCUCGUGUAAUGAUCUCGACAUUGAAUAUUCUGAUGUCUGUGCGAAUGCUUUUACCUGAUGAUUUGAGGAGUGCCCGAUGUCAACAUGUAGUUGUCAAAGCUUUUGAGUUAUGGAACGACAAAAAUUACUCGCGUCGUCUUAAUGGAAUACAAGUUUUAGCUGAUGUAUCCGAUGAUUAUCAACCAGUAAAACAAGUUCGUUCAGUUGCUAAACGAAAGUUAUCGUCUAUUCAAUCUGAAACUAUUAAUAAAAAACCAAAACGACCAAAAUCAUAUGCAAUUAAAUGUGCAAGUGGUUGUCGAACAAGUAUUUCUAGUACUGAUCCAACUCAAUAUGAAGCUAUACAAUGUUGUCAUCAAAGUGAUCAUUUUAACUGGAUUGAUUAUACAAACGAUUGUUCCAGAUGGUUAUGUAAUGGUUGUCGAAUAAAAUUCAAACUUACGACGGAUUCAAUUUGGUUUUGUUCAGAUCAUGUUGAUAUGUAUAGUGAUCAAGAUGAAGAGAAUGAUGCUGAAUAA